AUGCGCGCUCUUUCUCUAGGUGACGAAUUAUAUAACUACCUUCUUCGCCACGGUCCGCUACCGGUCGAGAAAGUGAAACGGAUAUUCACACAACUGGUAGGAGCUGUGGCCUACGUUCACAGCAAGUCAUGUGUACAUCGGGAUCUCAAGUUGGAGAACAUACUGCUGGACAAACACGAGAACGUGAAGCUCUGCGACUUCGGAUUCACACGCGAGUAUGAAGGAAAGGCGAGCUACCUGCAGACCUUCUGUGGGACGAUUUGCUACAGCGCGCCAGAGAUGCUCAAGGGAGAGAAAUAUGCUGGUGAGAAAGUGGAUGUCUGGAGCUUGGGAAUCAUUCUGUAUGCGCUCUUAGCAGGCGAGCUACCUUACGACGACGAUGACGACCAAGUCACAAAAACCCGGAUUCUUUCGGAGGAACCGAUCUACAACGAGAAGUUCACAGAUGAGGCCAAAGCAUUGAUCAACCUUCUUCUGUCUAAGCGGCCCUUGAUUCGACCGAGCCUAGAAGAGAUCCUCGCGCAUCCGUUCCUCGCGGAGCAUGCCCCUGAGCAGCUUGCCAUUCUCAGGAUUCCUCGACCAUCUCCUUUCACCACGCCAUUGGAGAAGACCACAUUACAACGAAUGAAAAGCGCAGGGGUCAAUAUCGACGAGGUCAUUGAGAAUGUUCUGGCUCAACGAUGCGAUCCAUUAGCCGGGUGGUGGGCACUUUUGAUUGAGAAGGAGCAACGAAAGGAACAAAAGAGAGAGCGCAAGCGUCGAGAGCGCGAGGUUGAGGCAAAGAAUAUUCGUCGUCUAAGUGCUGCUAGCAGCCGACUCGAGAAAUUGUCUUCCGCCUUGCUGGAGGUCGACGAAGAAGGCCAGGUACAUCCGGCGUCUCAGUUGUCAGAUCGUGGGCGUCGCGACAGGCGAAGCCUGCCAUCACAGCUGGCUGUUCCGGAACUCCCUGCACUUCCUGAGCCUCUACCUGUACACACGCCUGAACUAGCCACGCCCUCUCCGCCCUUUGAUAAGGAGUCUAUUCGCUCAAAUACUUCGGCGUCCGUUCGACGACGUCCGAUUCCUCCGCCAAAAGACCAGCGACGAUCAAGGCCCAGCAUGUUGCAUGUGAGUGCGUCACAGCCUGAGUUGGCGCAGCAUCGUGGCAUCUUCCAUCGUCGCACUAGCCGGCGACAUCAUCCGAUUAUCAGCCAGCUAGCGUCCUUGAAGCAUUGGUUCGUCGAAUCAGCCAAACGAGCCCGAUCUCCAAACGCCAAGUCAGCCAGCUCACGGAAAUUCCUUGCGGAGAAAUUCAGUCCUGCCAAGAGCCAGGACAGUGGGAAAAAGCCCCCUUCGUCAUCUCCUGCAGGCGAUCUAUCUGAGGAGGUGGUCACUCCUACCCAGUCCAAACGUAUUUCUGCCACCAGCAGCUUAGCGCCCAGCAGUGCCUCCUACCGUCAAAACCGACACUCCUAUCCUCGUCAGCCUCAAACCUUGAACACCAGCCACGCUGGCAACAGAAACUCGUUAUCACCUUCGCCUAUUACUCCUCGUGGAUCUUACAGACGCUCCUCUGCUGGUCUACGAGGCCGCAAGUCAACAUCCUCUUCUGUCUCGUCCAUACGCAGCAUUCAUCACACACGUGCUCACUCCAAGGCAUCCUCCAUCUCAUCCAAUAGUGUUGACACCGUUGCGACUCCAACGGCGAGGAUCUCCAAGUCCCCCCCACUCCUCCAUCAAAGUCUUGCCAACAACACCGGGCGCCUCGGCUCAUUUUCCAAGCAACAUUCGACUGGUGCGUGGUCCCAGUGGGGGACACAGGGGAAUCAAUGA